AUGAGGAACGCUCUCGGGCGGCGGUGUCGGCGGUGUUCCGUCGGCGGGGCCGGGGCCGGUCAGUCGACCCUCUGGGGGAUCCCGCAUAUUGCGCACACGGCCCGCAUGCCUGUGAGCGCCUCCCGGAGCGCAACCGCCACGGCGCUGGCCGACGUGUCGUGGGUGCCCCGUUGGAGAGGGGAGGGGCACGGCACCAUCACGCCUCGCCGCCCGAGCUCGCGGUUAACCUCCCGCUUCGAAGAGGAGGAGGAGGAGGAGGCGCCUCACGACGUCGAAAAAUUUCGAAGGGGCGACCAGUUCUUCACCUUCGCAUCGCACCGUCAACAACAACAACCACCACCACCACAUCAGCAACCACAACUGCUGCUAGAGACAUCGUCGAUGAUGAAGGCUAUGCAAGGUAGCAUCCUGCUCCUGGCGUUCCUCCUUUUCGCCGCCCUCGCUGCUGGUGCGUGCUCGACCCCCAACGAGCUGCGUUCAACGGCCACCACCACCACCACCGCCGCCGCCCGGCUCUUCUCCGUCGUCGGAGGCCUCGAGGCCCUCCCCCUCCAGCACCAGCACCACAUAGCCCUCUUUGGCCGCUCGACCUACAACCUGACGACGGGGCUCGACCAGCCCCACCUUCUUCCACUUCCUCUCGACUUCGACCACCCCCACCACCUGGUCGUCGUAGGGGCCACGUCGUCCUACCAUCCGGGACCCCUCAACAACCUUCUCGUCGAGCUCUUCAAGAUCAACAACCUCAACAACGUCGUCGAGAUCUUCAACAACAAGAACAAGAACAACAUGAACAAGAACAAGAACAACAACAAGAAUAUCGACAUGCUCCUCCACGGCCAUGCGCUUAUCGAGGAGGCUGUCGUGGAGGGCCUCACCCGCCAUGGGGCUACUCGAGUGGAGACCCCAUCGUCGCCAUCGCCGUCGCCGUCGCCGUCGUGGAGGGGCUUCACCGGGCCGGCCGUUGCGCGCCUCCUGCUCGUACGCCCCUUCCUGGCCCUCGCUUGCAGCGUCGACUCUUCGCUCCCGUCGUGGAGGUCGGCGCUCCCUUCAUCGCCCCCCUCCUGGUGGUCGUCGGCGUCGUCGCAGCUUUCUUCGAUCAUCGCGUCGGUCCCGUCGGCGGCGGCGGCGACGUGGGCUUGGCUCCCGUCGUGGAGGUCGGUGGUGCCCUUCGUUCAGGUGGCGCUCGGGUGCCUGCUAGCCCUGCUCGGCUACGCCCUGGCCACGCAGCCCGACCCCAUCCACAAGCCCCUGCCCCCGAUCCGCGGCUACCCCUCCUCCUCUUUCUGGUCGUCGUGGUCGUCGCCGGCCCUCCUCGCCUUAGCCGUCACCUCUUCGCUCCCCUCGUGGCCGUCGUGGCCUUCGCUCCCCGCGGUGUCGGCCCGGAUGUGGUCGAUGCUGGCCCGCCCCGCGGCCACCGCGACGACCGUUAGGCCGACCGCCGCCGCCGCGAGUGGGCUGCGGCGCAGGCGAGAGCGCCGGCUCGACGUCGGUCCGUUGGAUCUGCUGUUGAUAGCCCGGUCCAUCGAGGCCUGCUUCAACGCCGCCCACGCGCCCGCCCAGCCCGCCCACGACGACGACGAGGUGCCGCUCGUGAACAACAACAACAACAACAACAACACGAGGAGGCGGGAGCGCCGGAUCGACGUCGGUCCGUCGGAUCUGCUGCUGAUGGCCCGGUCCAUCGAGGCCUGCUUCAACGCCGCCCACGCGCCCACUCAGCCCGCCCACGCGCCCACUCAGCCCGCCCACGCGCCUGCCCAGCCCGCCCACGACGAUGACCACCACGAUGGUGACGAUGACGACGACGGCGAGGACGAGGUGCCGCUCGUGAACAACACGAGGAGGCGCCGGAUGAUGGCGGCCCUGCACCACCACUAG